CGUGUAUUUCUUAUGGACCUUUCAAAAGCUGUCCUUACUGAAUGAUAUGCUGUGGCAGUACUGUCUCCGCGAUGACAGUUGUUAAAUUUGACGCCGUUUAAAUUUAAACGGUUUUAAACGCCAGGUUAUGUUUAUGUUUUAUUGCAAUUAAUUUUGCUUGUGUUUUAAUACAAAAAUGGAUAUCGAAGAAGUGUUACGUGAAAUUAAGACUGUUAGUGAUGUUGUGUGCAAUGAACACUUGGAUCCAUUUUGUGAAACGUUCGACGAAAUCACCACGACUGGUACCGCUGUGGAUAACGAUGAGGGAGGACAUUUAAAAAUCUUGUCUGAUAACAUAAAACCUUUGUUGCGAACACAGACAGACAAAGGACAUGAAAUCCUGCAAAAGCAUUCAUCAAAAAUUGAACAAAAACGAGUGGAAGUGAUGCAGUUACUAGAAGUUCGUGAUAAACUGAAAACAGAAAAUGAAAACCAAGAAAAACAUCUUCAAAAAAUAAAGAAACAGUGUCGUGAUUAUGAGGAGAAACUAAAUAAUUUACAGUGUUUGAAAGAUUGCAUUCAAACUUAUAAAAUACUCACUAAGACCCAUUUUUCUUUCAAGAAAGGGAGUACUGUAGGAUAUGUCAAAGGCUCAAAUUCUUCAUCAUUUGCAGUUUUUGAUUUCAACAAUUCACAUGUAAAUCAACAAGACAUAACGAAAAAAUUAUGGACUUUAUUAAAAAACGUUUCCAAAGAAGAUUAUGAGAAUCGAAUAAUACAGGAAAAUAACAAUAAUAAAAAAAUAAUAUUAAGUUAGUACACUAAGUUGCAAUAUCACAAUUUAUAUUAACAUAUGUACAUAAGCCUUUUUAACGUUUAGAUAUAUUGUAGAUGUCAUUUGAACAGGAACGUAUUUUAAAA